AUGCAAAUUGAUACCUGCCCUCCAAGGUUCAUAGCAGCCAUGUCCCCAGUAGCCAAACUGUGCAAAGAGACAAGGUCAGGAGUCACUUUAGAUUGCUGGACUGGACCCUGUGACGGUUGCUUGAACACUGUCAGGCACUGUUUCGGAGGGGCUCUGGCCAAGGAGUAUUGGUCGGGGCCAUUCCGCAGGAGGAAGCAAGGACUGCUAGUGCUAACCAGUUGUGCACGUCUGUUUGGGGAGGGGACCUGUAGAUGCUUUGGCGUGGCUGGAGAGGAUGAAUUUGCAGCGGUGGCAAGUGCACUGGGCGACGUUCUGACCUUGGAACCAUAUUUUUCCAGGCUUUUCGAAGGGACGCAGCCUCUGAAGCCACAGGGAAGCGUUUCUACAAACGGUAUCCUCAGGACAGACAAGUCUUUACAAAAAAAGGCAUCUACCUCUGCGGGAAGAAUAACAGUUCCACGGUUAAGUGUUGGUUCAGUUACUAGCAGACCAAGUACUCCCACUCUUGGCACACCAACCCCACAGACCAUGUCUGUGUCAACUAAAGUAGGGACUCCAAUGUCCCUCACAGGGCAAAGGUUUACAGUACAGAUGCCCACUUCACAGUCCCCAACUGUAAAAGCAUCAAUUCCUGCAACAUCCACAGUUCAGAAUGUUCUGAUUAAUCCACCAUUAAUUGGGUCCAAAAACAUUCUUAUUACCACUAACAUGGUGUCAUCACAAAAUACUGCCAAUGAAUCAUCAAAUGCAAUGAAAAGAAAACGAGAAGAUGAUGAUGAUGACGAUGAUGAUGACGAUGAUGACUAUGAUAAUUUGUAAUCCAGCCUUGAUGCUUGUAACAUGUAUACUUGGUCUUGAAUCCAUUGUACUAGAUUAAACAUGCACGCUGGGUAUUUUCAAGUUGUGUUGUAGAAAACUUAAAUGCUAUUUAAUGAGUAAAUAUGGUUAUCCUUUCUGAUUGA